AUGUUUUCGUCUGCAGGCAAGCGCUGCUUCACGAUAGAGUCUCUGGUCGCCAAAGAGAACCCUCUCAUCGCUGAGGAUCCCAUCCGCCCGACGGCUUUAAGUUACUCCAACCCGACGACAGAUGCCUUAAUGAACAGUUACCAGGUUCCGCCGGGCCGGUCCCUCUACCAGAGUCCGGAACUGGUGUUCCCAGAGACGGUGAACCACCCCUCCCUCACCGUGGCUAAUCACCAGCUCGGAGGCUCCCACCACCUACAACAUCCGCACUUCUUCGGGACGCAACACCGAGACCCGCUCAACUUCUACCCCUGGGUGCUACGGAACAGGUUUUUCGGACACAGAUUUCAAGGUAAUGAUGUGUCCCAGGACAGCCUGCUCCUCCACGGUCCUUUCGCCAGGAAACCCAAACGCAUCCGGACCGCCUUCUCUCCGUCCCAGCUCCUCCGCCUGGAGAGAGCCUUCGAGAAGAACCACUACGUCGUCGGAGCCGAGAGGAAGCAGCUAGCUAACAGCUUGAGUCUAUCUGAAACGCAGGUGAAGGUGUGGUUCCAGAACAGGCGGACCAAGUACAAGCGGCAGAAGCUGGAGGAGGAGGGACCAGAGAGCCAGCAGAAGAAGAAGGGGAACCACCACAUCAACAGAUGGCGCAUCGCCACCAAGCAGCCCAGCUCCGAGGACAUAGACGUGACCUCAGAGGACUAAAACCUCCGACACUGCUGCCCUGAGACCCUGCGUCCUAUUCUGACGCACCAGAGGACCAACACUAUUUAUUAUGUAAUAUUAUUAAAUAUAAUUAGAGACAUUAGAGGAAGGACUUUUCAUUGAGGUGCUACACUG